AUGUUAGGAUCUGGCUCGUAUGGUGUUGUAUACCAUGCACAGAACAUUAUCAAUGACGAUGAAUUUGCCGUCAAACUUGAGCCUCUUAUCGACAACUCAUCCUCUUUAGAACAUGAAUAUAAUACUUUGAAGCAACUUGAAGGUGGAGCUGGGAUCACGCAUGCUGUCUGGUUCGGUAGAGAAGCCGCAUAUGAUGCACUGGUUCUUGACCUCCUUGGGUCAUCACUGCAUGAUAUUUUCCUUGUGCACAAUCAAAAAUUCAACCUUUGUACCAUCCUGAAUAUCAGAGACCAACUGCUCUCAUCUCUGGAGCAUAUACACUCACAACUACUCGGUCGUGGCGCUUUAGAGAACACCGUCUUUAUUGUCGAUUUUGGUAUCGCGAAGGAGUACUGGAGCUCUACAACACAAGCCCAUAUGCCAUUUUGUCAAGGUUGA